CGGACGCCUCGGAGGCGCGAACCAAGAUGGCGGCGGCGGUGGCGGCCGGAGGAGGCGGCGGCGGCGUCCGGAGCGCCCUCUCCAUGGCCUCCGCCGCGGCUGCUGACCCCGUUCCGCCGGCGCCGCCCCCGGGGCGCUUCUCGCUGGUGGUGAUCUUCGGCGCCGGCGUCGGCAUCCGGCCGGGGCUGCGCAGGGCGGUGCUGACGGCCGUCAGAGCCGGGAUCCGCUCGUGGGAUAUCGACCUCACUGCCUGCAACCUGAAUCAGCAGCUCAAGCUCUUCGUCUCCCGCCAGUCCGCGACUUUUUCGGACAUCGUGAAAGGUCAGCGUGCCCUCCACCAUCGUGGCAAUGUGCUGGAAACCUUAGUUCUGCUGAACCCUUCAGACAAAUCCAUCUGUGACGAGCUCCGCAACCUGAUCACCGACCCUUCACGCCACAAGCUGCUGGUCUUUGCCGGGCCCUGCAUCGAGGAGACGGGGGAGCUGGUGCUGCAGACGGGCGCCUUCUCCUUGCGGGACUUCAUCCAGGUCUUUGCGGACAAAGAGGUUGGGGAGCUGCUCAGCUCGGCCGACCCCUCGGCCAAAGCCAGCUUGACCGUGGUUUGCCCAGACUUCGGGGAAUGGAAGGACUCCAGGCUGAGCCAGCACAACCUGUUGGAUUUCAUAGACCUGCACUUCAACCCCGGCUGCGUGCUACCACCCAUGGAGGGCUUGCAGGAGUUCAUGGAGUACCUGUCGGAGUCCCUGGAGCCCCCGUCCCCCUUCGACCUCCUGGAGCCCCCCAGCACAGUCGGCUUCCUGAAGCUUUCCAGGCCCUGCUGCUACGUCUUCCCUGGGGGGCGGGGCGACUCAGCCUUCUUUGCCGUCAACGGCUUCAACAUCCUGGUGAACGGGGGUUCCAACCCUCGCUCCUCCUUCUGGAAACUGGUGCGCCACCUGGACCGUAUCGACUCCAUCCUGGUGACCCACGUGGGGACCGACAGCCUGCCCGGAGUGAACAGCCUGCUCCAGCGGAAGCUGGCCGAAAUGGAGGAGGACCCUUCCUCCCAGGGACCCCAGGUGGACGACUGGGUGAAGAACCUCAUCUCGCCAGAACUGGGGGUGGUCUUCCUCAACGCCUCAGAGAAGCUGAGGGACAUAGAAGGGGAUUCCGGCAUCUUAAAGAGCUGCGACGAGGCCAGCCUGACUCUGCGGUACCUACGCAAACUGGGCAUUAAGCCCAACCCGCUUUCCAGGGAGGCCGGUCCCAAGGCGGAGCCCACCAUCCUCUUUCAGAAAAUGGGCGUCGGGCGCCUGGAGAUGUACGUGCUCCACCCGGCGAAGGGUAGCCGGGAGCUGGAAUUCCUGAUGCAGCAGUGGUGUGGGAACGGCCACCCCAAAGGGCUGGAGCUGCCCCUGCAGUGCGCAACCUCCAUCUGCGCCCUGCUCAUCUGGCAUCCAGUGAGCCCCACCGAAAAGAUCGUCCGGGUCCUGUUCCCCGGCUGCACUCCCCAGGCCAGGAUCCUGGAAGGGCUGGAGAAGGUCAAGCAUCUGGAGUUCCUCAAGUACCCUGUGGUCACUCGGAAGGACGUGGACUCUUUCUCCGUCCCCCAAGCCAAGCACAAGAGGGCUGAGAGCCAGGAGAGCCUCAAGUCCGGCUCCAGGCUCAGUCUGGUGGAAUCCGGCCUGCCCGUCUCCAAGGAGAAGAAGGAGCUGAAGCUGGCUGGUGCCAGGGACCGGCCCAAGGCGCCCAGCGAGGCCUCCAAGGGCAGCGUGGAGGAGGAGGAGCGGGCCAGAGUGGCCCAGCCUAAGGUGGAGCCUUCAGUGGAGAAGACCAAGCAGGACGCCAGGCCGAAGCAGCUGAAGCCGUUGGCCAAGAAGGAGGGGAAGCUGCCCAGAAGGGAGUCGGCAAAGAGAGAGGAGGCCAAGAAGCUGGAGGACAGGGCAGCCAAAGCGCCCACGAGGGAGCUGCGGAGAAUGCCAAGCGCCGAGGCCAAAAGGGCUCCCACCAAAAUGGGAAGCCUCAAGAAGGCGGUCCCUGCUCCUCUGAAGAAGGAGGGGGAGAGGCCGAAGAGCAGGCUGCUGAAGGAGGCCCCCGGGAGGCCGCCCAGUGGUGCCAAAGGCGGCCCCUCUGAAGGAUCCAAGCAUCCCUCCUCAUCCUCGGAGAACGACACGCAGGAGAAGCUGCACGGGGCCCCCCGCCAGGCAGGGAGGGCAGGGCAGGGGCCAGGGCAUGGCAUCGCCCUGGCCGAGAGCCAACAGAGGCUGUCCCCGUUGGGCAGCGUGGACUGCCUAGGAAACGGCCUGGAGCCCCCCCAGAAUGGCCUGGGCCCAGAGGUGGGGGGCCCAGAGAGCCCUCAGCCUUUCCGGCAUCUGGAAGCUGGCUCGCCUUUGAAGUGGAUCGGGCCCCCCUCCCCUUUGGUCAAGACUCCCAAGAGCGAUCAGAGCAUCAACUUGGAACUGUCCCCGACUGACCUGCAGGCCCGGCUCAACCACUGCCCGGACACCGAGGACGGCGGGGGCAGCUCCGAAGAGAAGACCCUGGAGAUGAUGUCCCCUGCCAGUGCGGGGCGCACCCCCUCCCACCAGUCCCCCCGGGAGGACGUGGCCAUGGUGGAGGAGCCCAUGGCCCUCGCCAAUCCCUGGAGGCCCGAUGGCGCCUUCCCCAGCCCCCGGACUUCGCACGACAACUCCAGCUCUUCCCAGGAGAAGCCCUCCGGCUGCCUCUCCCCGAGCCUCUUCCGGGACGACCUCCACGACGUCUCCCCCACGCUCACCACCCCCUCGUUGCCGGCCGAAGUGGGCUCCCCCCACUCCACCGAGGUGGACGAGUCACUCUCCAUCUCCUUUGAGCAGCUCCUGCCCCCCGUGAGCGAGUUCCCCCAGGAGGAAGGUGAGGCCAUGCAGGCCGGGGGGCUCAGCCCAGACCCCGAGUCCGCGCUGGGGAAGAGUGGGAUGUCCCUGCCCAUCCUCUCCUGCCACCCCCAGCGCCUGGAUGGCCGGGCCCUGCCCAGGUGCGGCCGGCAGUCGGAUUCCCCCCACGAUGUGGACCUCUGCCUGGUGUCCCCUUGCGAGUUUGAGCACCCCAAGUCGGACAGGUCCCCAUUGACCAACUUCAGCCCCCGGGACAUGUCCAACAGCAGCGACUUCUCCCAGGAGCUGGCCAAGCCCCCGUCGCACAGGAAGGGCCCCCGCGGCCGCCGGUCCCACCCUCUCUUGGAUGAAACCCCGCCGACGUCCUUCAGCGAAUCGCUGCCCACCCUCUCUGACUCGGACCCCCCGCCCGCCAUGGAAGAAUGCCCUUCUCUCACGGCCGACGGUGGGCUGGACUCGGAAGAUGACGACGACGACCCGGAGAGCCUAGCCCAGGCCCGCGACCCACUCCCGGCGGUCCUGAAAGACCCCUGCCCUCUCCCUGCCCAGCCGGGCAUCUGCAUGGUGGACCCCGAGAGAGAAGGGGCCGCCAAGGCCAAGCGAGCCCCAUCCCGGGGGGCUUCUGCCCCUCCCAAAACAGACGCCCCCAAGGCCGCCGCUCCCAGUGCCCGGGCGAAGCCUUCCUCGGCCAGCGUGGGCGAGAGACCCCGGCUGCCGGCCCCCGGCAGAAGCGACCCCCCGACCUCUCGUGCCAGCGGGGACAACCGGCUGGCCUUCGCCCAGCGGAACGCAAAUGUCCGGCCUCUCACGGCGGGAGGAAGAACUGCCACGGCAGGGUCCCGGCCCGCCCCACCCCGCUGCCCCGUCUACCUGGAGCUGGCCUACAUCCCGGGCUCAGCCAGCGCCCAGAAGGUGGAUGAAGACUUCUUCCGCUGCAUCCGCUCCCAGUGCUAUGUCAUCAGCGGGCAGGACCACCUGAAGGAGGGCGCCAUGCGGGGCAUCCUGGACGCCCUGCUCUCCGGGAAGCAGCACUGGGCCCACGACACCCAGGUGACCCUCAUCCCGACCUUCGACUCGCUGGCCAUGCACGAGUGGUACGCGGAGACGCUGGAGCGGCAGCAGGAGCUGGGCGUGACCGUCCUGGGCAGCAACAGCACGGUGGCCAUGCAGGACGAGACCUUCCCGGCCUGCAAAGUGGAGUUCUGAACUGAGGCUGAAGGGGGGGUCCCGCUCCCUCCCCCCCUCCCCGAUGGGCCAGCCGUCGUGGGAAGGGGCACCUCCCCCCCAUGGCUGUGCUUCACGCCAAAAGAGGACAGAGGGGGGGGACACCAGAGGCGCUGGGUGUGUCCCUUUGGGAAUUGCAGCCCUUUUGUCUGGUUGGUUUGCAUGUUCACUGCCACAGCUUCUCCCCAGCACAGCCCAGGGAGGGAGGGAGGCGGGGGGGGGCGGGAGAGACCCGGCUGUAGCUCCCCCAGGGCACCUUGGGGCAGCUGCUUCUCUCGCCCCCCCCCCCUUUGUGUGGGACUAGGUGGCUUCCCGCCUGCAGAAGCCCUUCCUUUGCCUCUGGGAAGAGCCCAGCGGGUGGGCACAGGGUCCAGCCAGGGCCUCUCGUACUGGCCCAUCCUGCCCCCCCCCCGCCAGCCCUGCCAUCACACACACACACACACACACACACACACGCGCGCGCGCGCACACACACAUGCCUGCUGAGGGAUGGCAGACAGCUGUGGGGCCAUCGUGGCGCCUUCCAGGCCGAUGGUCCUUUUGGGGGCCCUCCCCAGGCGAGAGGCGAGAGCCAUUUUGGGGGGCCCUGGCCUUCGUAAAGCUUGCAGGGGAGCGGAUUUCCUGGGGAGGCUGGGGGUGUGUGUCAAACAUUCCCAGCUGCCCCCCCUUCCCUUCAGCCUGACACUCCAGACUUCUUCUACCUCUUUAUGUUCAAAACCUUGGAGGGGGGCUGGGCAGUUUUUCUGGAGGCUCCAGCCACCAAGACCCAAAUCCAGCCGAUGGAUGGAUGGCCUCUCCGGGGCCUUUGGGCAGCCCUGCAAAGCCCCCCUCCCCUCUUUUUAACGUUUGAAGGAAAGUUGGGGGGGGAAAGCCCCUUGCAAUGUGACACUAACUCUUUUCGUUUUCUAAGGAAGGAAAUGAGGUGUUUUUUUUUAAUGUGUUUUAUAUUUUUUUUUCUAAAAAAAACCCCCACCAAAACUGUUACUAUAAGGAAGGUUUAUAAUUUAUAGGAUUGCCUCCUGCGUGAAGGGAGGUCAGGGGAGGGCCUGCCCCUUUGCUUGUCCUCCCCGCCCCCAUUUCCUCCUGUCUUUUGUAUCAGCAUGAUGUGUGUCUAGAAGUAUUUUGGGGAGGGGGGGACGCUUUCACCGCCUAGCAGAGGAGGGCGGGGGAAGGGGAGGGCCGGCUGGCCCCCCACCUUGGGGGGGGGGCAUCCUCCUCUUCCUGGCCUGAGGUGACCUCCCCCUCCCCUCCCAGCCACAGGGGAAAAGAAGGAUGUGGUUGUUGUAGCCAUUACAGUUAACCCCGUGAUACACAAUGUUAUGUGUGUACACACACAAAUGCACACCUGUGUUGAACUCUAUUAAACCAUUAAAGAACUACGUAGCUCA